AUGGCGAGUUCAUUCGUGCAUUUCACCCUCGUUAGCAUCGUAUUUUUAACAGAAUCUUCCUCGUCAUUGGGGAACGGUUCCAUUUAUCGCAGAUUCCACCCGUCGAUCCAGGAGACCCAGAAUCUAAAACAGAUUCUGGAAUUUAUCCACGAGUCACCGGAGUUUCGUCCACCGAGAAUGUCCAUAAUCCUUCCCGAGUUUCGAUCGAACAUCGCUGACGUUGUUCUCAGCCACAUCGGGCAACGCGAGACGGUAGUUCACAAGAUAAGAGCCAGAGACUUGACCUCGAAGUUCAUCUCGACGAACAAGAUACGACUCACGUGGACCAUCUUCGUACGCGAUUUGUACACCCUGAACAUUUACGUUUAUUGGCAGCCCAAACUGUGGAGGGCCAGCAACCAGUACCUUAUCUUUUUCAGCGAUAGCGAAGUUGCAAUAUCCUGGAAGGACAUUUUCAAGAACCUGUGGCGGAAAUAUGGCGUCUACAGAGCGGUGAUCGUUCCCAUCCAAGACGAGUUUAACUGUCUCUUCAGAUACGCGCCUUUCGAGGUUCACGACGACGAUUUUGGCGGUGUGCAUAAAUUAUGCUCGAAGAAAUCACCGAACGAAGAGUCGAAAAACGUCCUGCUUCUUGAUAAAAACACACGACUGUUCGAGAACUUCCACAACUUGAACGGUUAUCCUCUGAACGUGGUCGCGUUCGAAUCUUUGCUAAUGGGUGUCCAGUACGACGACAAAAAGAGGUUGAAGCUGAGCAAGGUGGAUUCUCAGGUGUUGUACGCUUUGGAGGGUUCCAUGAGGUCGAAAUUCCACGUGAAAGCCACUAGAGCCAUCGAUUUCGGGUUGGCCUCAGACCCGUUCGAUCAGUCCUUGAAGGAGAUCGAGAGUGGCAGCACAGAGAUGGUCGCCACUGGCUUCUUCGUCAAGUCUUACACCCAGCAUCGCCACUUCCGGUUCACCUCCGCCCUCUACGAGGACAAGGUGUGCUUUCUCGCGCCAGACUCGGGCCUGGUGCCCAAGGCUUACAUGCCCUUUAUGCCGUUCGACAAGGACUUGUGGGCCCUCUUGGCUGUAUACAACGUUGGGGUCGUGUUGCUCUGGUGUCUGAUGAACUAUGCCAACCGAUCGUUGCAACGUCGACCAAUCAACUCGUCGACAACUCGAAGAUCGUCGACGAGACGCUCGGGAAGUUUGAAGGAUUCUCCAUCAGAGCCUCCAGAAGUUCCUGGCUACCUGUUGACGUUGUUCCGCUUCUUCGAGCUGUUCUGCUACCCUCUUCAAAUCGGCGACACCCCAGCGCAGAGGGCACUGCUCGUGGGCACCCUGUUCUUCGGGCUGAUCAUGAACGGGGUCUACCAAAGUUGUUUAGUGUCCAGCUUCAACAAACCGUUCCAUCAUCCUCAGCUGCACACGCUGGAGGACGUCCUCGACUCUGGGAAAAUGCUGUUCACCAAGUACGCGAAUCUGAAAAGCGUCUUUUUGGACGACAUGCCACUGGACAGGGUGCUGGAACAGAGGAUCCACGUGGUGAACAACACCAAAUCGACCAAAGGCAUGGUGGCGUUCGAGAACAUGAUCGCCGUUUCGCGGUACUUCUCGAUGGUGCUGGGCGAUUACGCGUAUUACGACGAGGAGGGCAAUCCUUUGUUGCACGUGGUCGACGAGUGUCCCAUGAACUACCGGGUGUCGUACGUGUUGAGAUCGAACUCCCCCUACGAGGAGAGGGUGAAUUUCGUGCUGGAGAGACUGAAGGAAGCGGGGAUGCUCGCGUUUUGGUUCGACAACAUGACGUAUCCGUUGAAGAUCGUCAAAAUGAAGAGGCUGAGGCGGAACGAUAGAACGAUCCAGCUAACCCUGGAGCACUACUCGCUCGCGUUUUUACUGCUCUUCGUCGGCCUGCUCGGCUCCGCGAUCAUGUUUCUCGUCGAGGUGUACACGGCUAAAAGAGCUAAACGCAAGACACGGUAG